UCUGUUUUUGACUCUGCAAGAGCUCAUCCAAGCACAAUCACCAUGUGCAAGCUACUACUAAUUGCAGGUUUCUGUCUUUCCCUUGGCAGUUUGGUCUCAGGCUCCAGACUGGUGUGUUAUUUCUCUAACUGGUCCCAAUACAGACCUGGGGAUGGGAAGUUUAUGCCUUCAAAUAUUGACCCAAACAUUUGUACCCACCUGAUCUAUGCCUUUUCUGGUAUUAAUGAAUCAAAUGAGUUGGUAACCAUAGAAUGGAAUGAUGAGGAACUCUACAAGUCAUUUAAUGGACUCAAACAGAGGAAUCCAAAUCUUAAAACGCUGUUGGCAGUUGGAGGCUGGAACUUUGGUACACAAAAAUUUACAACAAUGGUGUCAACACAAGCCAACAGAAAUACAUUUAUCCAGUCCUCUACCGCACUGCUGAGAAAAUAUGGUUUUGAUGGAUUGGACCUGGACUGGGAAUACCCUGCGGCUAGAGGAAGUCCUCUAGAGGACAGGCAGAGAUUCACAGAGUUAUGCAAGGAACUCCUAGAGGCCUACAAGGCUGAGGGAACAGCAACUGGCAAGCCCAGAUUGAUUAUCUCUGCUGCUGUGGCUGCUGGGAAAGCAACCAUUGAUGCUGGUUAUGAAAUUGCAGAGAUGGCAAAGUACCUGGAUUUUAUUAAUGUGAUGACUUAUGACUUUCAUGGCACCUGGGAGAGUGUGACAGGACAUCAUAGCCCCUUAUACAAAGGAUCCCAAGACACCGGGGAUCAUGUUUACUUAAAUACUGACUAUGCCAUGAGGUAUUGGCAGGACAAGGGAACGCCUGUAGAAAAGCUAAAUAUGGGCUUUGCUACAUACGGACGAACAUUUCGACUGUCUACUCAAUCCAGUCAGGUUGGCGCACCAGCCAGUGGUCCCGCAGAAGCUGGUGUUUUUACAAGGGAGGCUGGCUUCUGGUCCUAUUAUGAGAUUUGCACUUUUCUUCAAGGGGCCAGUAUCCAUUUGAUUGAAGACCAAAAAGUUCCCUAUGCCAUCAAACAAAACGAGUGGGUUGGAUAUGACAACAAAGAAAGUUUUGAGACUAAGGUCCGUUAUCUGAAGGACAACAGAUUUGGAGGAGCCUUUGUCUGGGCUUUGGAUCUGGAUGACUUUAAUGGACAGUUCUGUGGACAAGGAAACUACCCCCUCAUCAGCUAUCUUCACUCUCUUUUGGCUGCAGAUCUUCCUCUGCUUCCCACUGCAGAAGCUCCUCCAACUCAAAUGACUCUGUCUGUGACCAAAGACCAGCCUCACACAACGGUUCAAUUCAGACCUACAAUUUCAUCCAAAAUCCCAGACAACAACUUCUGUGCUACAAAGACUGGCGGUGUUUAUGCAAAACCUGAUGCUCCAGGUUCUUUUUACAGUUGUGCCAAUGGCAUCACCUGGAUCCUAAACUGUCCAGCUAAUUUAGUCUUUCGAGAUAGCUGCAAAUGCUGUGACUGGCCCUAAAAGCUCGCACAUCAUUUUACAUUCCACAAGCUGUGGUUAUCAACAGUGAGGAAAAAACAUUCAGGAUUUACAAUUUCAUGAGUGUAUUUGGUGUUAAAUUAAUUGAAGAGUGUGUAUGCUCUACUUGUAAGAAGGCAGAUUUUGUUCUUUUCCUAAAACAAGUAAAAACCUUACCUCCUCUGCAUUAAACAGAGAAAGGUAAUCAUUACUAAAGCACUGAGUUCUGGACCUCUUUCCAUUACCCUGACAUAUUAAAUAUACUACAAUACACAGCAUACUAUCAUAAUAAUUUUCUACAUUUAUAAACAGGGUGACAUUAUGAACUUAUGUGUGAGAUCUGACAAACUCACACAUGUUGAAAUAACAGCGUCCUAUGUUAAAAAACCAUAAAAAACCUUAAAAAAGUUUUAUUGUAAUUUAGUUUUAUUUUUUGAAGAACACCUAAUUCACAGUCUAGUCACAGUCACACUAACCACCAGUGGAAAUUAAAAAUGAAAAUAGAAAAAUCUUUGCUUGUAAAACACCAAAUGUUAUCAUCUGAAGAUUUUGUAAAUAUAAUUUAUUUUACUUUCCUAUGUAACAUCCGUGAACCUACCUGACAUUGAGCUUUGUCAGGCACUUGAUAAAUAGUUGACAUUUGUACUGUACUCAUUGUUUUACAUUAGUACUUGCACUAAUUAAUAGGGUAAAGUGCACAUAUGACAUAUGACCUGAAAAAAGACUGGAUUAUUAUUGCCUUACGAGGUGAUAGUAAGUAAGGCAAUAAUAAUCCAAGGACAACUGGAUCAGCCUCUAGCUGGUGUGCAUAUUACAACACAAGGAUCCAAAUUUUAUUUAACCAUUUAUUACAUGAGGGAAGUUGCUCAAGGAAUGGAUGGAGGAAUGGGUGAACAGAUGGAUGGAUGAUUUUCUGUACAACAAACUAAAGUCAAUACAUUGCCAUGCAUACAAUAUCAUAAACAAUAAAGAGAAGAUAAAUAAAUCAAGGGUUUA